AUGGCUGACGAUCCCCAGCCGGGCAGUCCCAAGUCGGACCCGAUCGACGCAAUGGAGGACGCCGAAACCGCUGCUGCCCGCAAAGAGCUGAAGCAUACGGCCAUUUCAGAGAAGUCCUACGCAGAAGGAGCCACCGCCGAGACAACGCCUUCAGGAUCGCAGAACGAGGACCACAAGGACCACGUCUCGUCGCCGAAGAAGAAGCGUGCACACGAUCAGCUAGAUGAGGACAAGGACGCCGACGAAGCCGACGUCAAAAGUGUUGCCUCGAGCGACUCGGCCAAGGACAGGGCCUUGCGGCUGGAGCCAGAGAAGAAGAGACAUAGGGACGAAGUUGCCAGCUCUGGUGACCCUGCGGCCGAUUCCUCUGCGCCACCGGCUACCGAUACAAAGACGAAAGAGAAUGCUGCUACAGAAGCUACAUCACAGGAUCAUACAAACAACGACAAGAAGGCAACAUCGAGUUCUGCAUUUGCCAGCUCUGGCUUCGCCAAACUGGCGGCAUCGAGUGCGUCUCCUUUCGGUUCGUUGGGAAGUGCGAGCAAAGGAAGUGUUUUCGGCGGCGGAGCAUCAUCUGGCGCGUCACCUUUCGGCGGCCUCUCCUCAUCCAAGCCUGCCGCCGUUCCCGCUCCUACACCUACCCUAAGCUUCGGUGGUGCCGGUUCGGCCUCGUCGCCUUUCGCCAGCGUUAAGCCCGCCAGCGCGAAUGGUGGUUUUGGCUCAGUGUUUGGCAGUGCCUUUGGCGGCGGUCUGGGCGGCAAGCCACUCUCAAGCUUCGCCAAGACGGGCGAGUCUUCUUUCAAGUCUGAGAAGGCUGCCAAGCCAUUUGGAGCUCCCGAUAGCGACGCGGAAGAGGCUGACGAUGAUGAAACUGAAGGCGAUGCCGAUGCGGCUUCAGAGUCUGGCGAUAGGGACGAAAAGGAAGAGUCCGACAAGGAGGAAGCCAAGGCUGUGGAUGAUAAGAAACGUACCAAGCUGCAGAAGAUCACUGUCGACGACGGCGAAGCCGGAGAGGCUACCAUAGUCCAGGUCAGAGCCAAGAUAUUCUACUUGGAAAAGGAGGUCGGCUGGAAGGAACGAGGAUCUGGUAUGCUCAAGAUUAAUGUCCCAGAAGCCUGCGUCCAGUUUGACGAAGCCGGUGUGCCGAUACCUGGCUCCUUUGACGCAUCGGCCCUGGAAGGGACAGAAGAACCUGAGGCUGGCGAAAGCAGAGGCAAUAAAGUGCCUCGUCUCAUCAUGAGGCAGGAUCAGACACACAGGAUACUACUGAACACAGUCAUCCUGCCGGCGAUGCAGUUCCAGGAAAAGGCAACAUUGAAGAGCGUUGGCGUCAUGUUCACGGCCUUUGAGGGCCUGGAAGCUAAGCCUGUGAGCGUUCACGUGAGACUGAGUGCCGCUAGUGCGAAGUCAUUCCUCAAUGAGGUUGGGAUGGUACAGCGAGAGCUUUUGAGCAAUUGA